GUGACUUCCUAUUGAAUUGUAAAGAUGAAAGCAGAAAUAGACUUCAACUUGACUCAUUACAAUGCCUUUUUCACCAGACUCAACAGUAGUUAACAUUUCUUAAUAAUCAUCCAUUCAAAGUAAAUAAAUACUAUCUUCCCAACCUUUACAGUUUUCUCAUGCACUUUUAAUCUAGAAUUGAGAUACCCAGUGUUUUUUUUUUUUUCACUCUAUUAAAAAUGGGAAGACCUAGUAUUUUAUUUUAUUUUUACACUGUCUAAAACUCAGAGACCUGGAUUUUUUAUUUUUAUUUUUAACCUAUGCUAUUUCAGUUGAAGUCUUUAUUUCUGAGUUUGACCUCUUUCCUGUAGGAUGAAUUCUAGGUUCUUCUGAGUGUGGAUUCCAUAGGCAGCCAUAAUUAAUACUUUACCAUGUAAUUUCUCAGAGACUGGGUGCACGUGUGGAGAGCCUUUGGCAAACCAGUGGGGUUGGUGUCCACAACCCUUUCUUAGUUUUUCUCCAGGGUUAAAAUUUGUUCCUUAAAAGUGAGCAAGUAAAGUAAAUUCAGAAGUUUUGAUGUUGGGAUGUGGACUAGUCUGAAGGAUGUAAGAGGGAAUAAUCAUGUUCAGUUGCGCUUUGGCUUUCCUUAAGUUCUGAUGAAACCCGUCUCAUUAUUGGGAACAUUGCAGCCAAGUGGCCUAGCAGCAUGAGAACACAAAACAGUCGUCUUUGACUCCUUGUGAAGUUUUGCUCCAGUUACACUGUUAGCGUUUACUGGAUCCUUUGUGCUUACAGACUAUUGCCCAGAAGAAAAGAUGUUUGGUUUUCACAAGCCAAAGAUGUACCGAAGUAUAGAGGGCUGCUGUAUUUGCAGAGCGAAGUCCUCCAGUUCUCGAUUCACUGACAGUAAACGCUAUGAAAAGGACUUCCAGAGCUGUUUUGGGUUGCAUGAAACUCGUUCAGGAGACAUCUGUAAUGCCUGUGUCCUGCUUGUGAAAAGAUGGAAGAAGUUGCCAGCAGGAUCAAAAAAAAACUGGAAUCAUGUGGUAGAUGCAAGGGCAGGACCCAGUCUGAAGACUACUUUGAAACCAAAGAAAGUGAAAACUCUAUCUGGAAACAGGAUAAAAAGCAACCAGAUCAGUAAACUACAGAAGGAAUUUAAACGUCACAAUUCUGACGCUCAUAGUACCACCUCAAGUGCCUCCCCAGCUCAAUCUCCUUGUUAUAGUAACCAGUCAGAUGAUGGCUCAGACACAGAGAUGGCCUCUGGCUCUAACAGAACGCCGGUUUUUUCCUUUUUAGAUCUCACAUACUGGAAAAGACAGAAAAUAUGUUGUGGAAUUAUCUAUAAAGGCCGUUUUGGGGAAGUCCUCAUUGACACACAUCUAUUCAAGCCUUGCUGCAGCAACAAGAAAGCAGCUGCUGAGAAGCCGGAGGAGCAGGGGCCAGAGCCUCUGCCCAUCUCCACUCAGGAGUGGUGACUGAGGUUUAGGUAGAAGGGGAACAAAAAUGAUUUAAAUUUUGGAAAGAAAACAAAGCAACAAAACCCUCCUAUUUUUAACUUGGAUACAUGCUAUUCUGCCAAAAGACAAUUUCUAGAAUAGUUUUGAAUGGGUUAUUUCUUCUCCAGUUCCACAAACUCUGAAGCCAGUGUCUAGCUUACUGAAAGAAAAAAAGAAGUGUACAUAAUAUUUAAGAUGCUGAGUAUUUCAUAGGAAAGCUGAAUGCUGCUGUAAAGUGCUCUUUAAGUCUUUUUUUUUUUUUAAUCCCCUUCUAAUGAAUGAAACUAGGGGAAUUUCAGGGGACAGAGAUGGGAUUUGUUGUAUGAUAAACGUAUGUAGUUUUAGUCUUUCUAUAUUGAGAAGCAGUGGUUGGGGCAUUUUUUAAGACGGCUAUCCUUGUUUUCCUUCAUGAUAAUAAAUUUGUCAUAACUCAGUAACAUGGACUUGCCCCUAGAGGUAGUUGUUAAUAAUUCUGAAAAAAUAAGGUCUUGCCAAGGUUCUGAUGAUUCAAACCUGUACUACUGAAUAUGAAGCAGGACAGACUAAGCUCUGGCGCAAAUACCUUGAAGGAGUAAUCUCUAAAUAUACAGAGAGGUAACCUGACUGUAUAUGUUGCAUCCUGUGUCGCCUCCAUAUUGAUAUUUGAUAAAAGAUUUUUAUCUAUAUUGAAACUUCUAAAGCAGAGUCAAAUCUUUGGGGAAAUGUCAAGUUUUAGGAUGAGCAGUCCUAGAUGAAUAGUACCAAAGCAUUACCACCUGGUAGAGAUCACAUUCUGUUAAAAAGGUUAAAUUAUCUUAAAAAAAAUGUGCAAGUCUUCAGGAUGGCACGCACAAAAAAACAAAGGUUAAUGCUUCUUGGGGCACAUUUCUUAGAGGGCUUGCCUAGUGUGUAAAUAAGUGACUUUUGUUUGUGUUACAUGACUGGUGACUUCAUCGAAAAUCUGCACAAUUCAGUUUUAGCUCUGGAUUACUUCAGUUGACCUUUGUGAAGGUUUUAUCUGUGUAGAGUGGUUGUUUGACUUGUUUUAACCUAUUAGGGUUUUGGGUGGUUUCUUUUGUUUUUGUUUUUGGUUUUUUUUUUUUUUUUCACAUAUUAAAGUAAAAUUCUAAAAGAAAAGAGGUGUGUGUUAAUGCUGAGUGGGUUGGCUUAGGUUUGGUUUCUUCUAGUCAGGCUUUGUGAACCUUGAGAUAUUAGACGAUACAUCCUGAACAUGGAGCUCUUCAGUUCUAAAAUCUUCAUUUGAAAGCCUUUUACUUGAACCCAAACCAAAGUACUCUCAUUGCCUCUUUUCUAAACGUUCAGAAAAAACGUAUCACCAGAUCAGACUUUUCAUAAUAAGGGAGGAUCAUUUGCCUACCUUAUAAUAACAUGACUCAGUGCUUAUUUUUAAAACUGGAUUUUUAAAAUUGGAUAGUAUAAAUAACAAUAAGGAGUGAGCCACUUUUUAUGGGCACCCUAUAGUUUUAUAGUUCUUAAUCUAAACUUAAAAUUUUAUAUUUCUUCCUUAUGGCAAAAACUACAAGCCACCAUAUAUGCACAGACUACACAGUGAGUUGGGUUGGCUCUCCCACAGCCGUUGAGGUGUGUUACAAGAGUCCCGGCCAUGAUCAUCUUCCUCCUGUCAUUUUGAAAUGGUUUGUUUUUUUGUUUUUGCUUUUUGUUUUUGUACAUUUUGGCUACAGUAUUGGUGGUAGAAUAUACUAUAAUAUGGAUCAUCUCUACUUCUGUAUUUAUUUAUUUAUUGCUAGACCUCAACCACAGUCUUCUUCAUCCCCUUCCACCUCUUUGCCUGUAGGAUGUACUGUAUGUAGUCAUGCACUUUGUAUUAAUAUAUUAGAAAUCUACAAAUCUGUUUUGUACUUUUUAUACUGUUGGAUACUUAUAAUCAAAACUUUUACUUAGGGUAUUGAAUAAAUUUAGUCUUACUAGAAAAUA